AGUAAAGUGUAAACAACAAAACAGCUGUAAACUGGUAAUUCAACGUUCCUAAGAACAAUAAUUAUUUUUUUCUUACUUACAGUUGCUAAGUGGUUUGUAAAAAACAUUGCUUAAUUAAGUACUAUCGAAGGCAGUGAUACAGCCCCACUUAUACUAUUAUCUUUACUUGUCGCAGAAUGGAGUAUACUAAUAAAAAUUUCCCUGCAUUGAAGAAUGAUAGGUUAUUAAAAGCGGCAUGUGGCAAAGAAGUUGAUAAGGUACCCGUAUGGGUGAUGCGGCAAGCUGGGCGUUAUUUACCAGAAUUUCAAGCAGUGAGAGCGCAACACGACUUUUUCACAGUGUGCCGGACACCUGAGCUUGCUUGUGAAGUAACUCUGCAACCUUUAAGACGUUAUGAACAUUUGGAUGCAUCCAUCAUAUUCAGCGACAUUCUUGUCAUACCGCAAGCCUUAGGCAUGACUGUAGAGAUGCAUCCAGGAGUGGGUCCUGUUUUUCCUGAACCCCUUAAAGAUGUAUCUGAGAUAGAUAACCUUAAAGAAGAAGGUGCAGUAUCAAGAUUAACAUAUGUUGGUGAUGCCAUUACCCUGACCAGACAUAAAAUUGAAGGAAAGGUACCCUUAAUAGGUUUUACAGGUGCACCAUUUACCUUGAUGGGAUAUAUGAUAGAAGGUGGAGGCAGCAAGACUAUGUCUAAAACAAAAGAAUGGCUAGAAAAAUACCCUAAGGAUGUCCACAGGCUCCUUGGUCUAUUGACCAGAGUAAUUAUUGAUUAUUUAGUGAUGCAGGUUGAAAGUGGAGCUCAGUUGUUGCAAGUUUUUGAAUCAAGCGCAGAUCAUCUCACACGUGAACAGUUUAUUGAAUUUUCUGUACCAUAUUUGAAAGAUAUAAGAAGUGGAGUGAAAACAAAACUUCAGGAAAAACAAUUAGAUCAAGUGCCUAUGACCAUUUUUGCAAAAGGAGGUGGUCAUUCCCUAGAUGUACAAGCAGAGAUGGGUUAUGAAACAAUUGGACUAGACUGGACUGUAGAUCCUGUUGAAGCCAGAAAAAUUGUUGGCAAUAACAUUACAUUACAAGGCAAUCUUGACCCCCAAGAUCUAUAUAAGACUCCAGAAGAAAUCAAAAAGUUAACUAUCAAAAUGACCCAAAAGUUUGGUAAACAACGAUACAUUGCUAAUUUAGGCCAUGGAAUAACACCCCAAACUCCAUUGGAGAGUAUGACUGUGUUUACAGAAUCAGUUCAUGAAGCUGUUUAGACUUCAAUUACGGUGCAUAUUUUAUUCAUUUUUUAAGGUUAUGGUAAUAAUACAUGUUUUAUAGUUUUAUUUGACUAUAUUCUUAUAAUUAUAUGGUUAAAGUUAAAUAUAUG